UAAUCAUUGAGCGCGAUGUACGUUUUCGCUUGUGUCCAGAAGAGGGCGGCAAUGCGCCCACGUCACGUGACUGGGUCGAGAGAACCGCAUUGGCUGUGAGCCUGUUUAUCGGCGGACGCCAUGUUGGCUCAAGACGCAGCUAAACAUUACUGGAGGAAAAGGGAAGUUGCUCGAGCCAAAAUGGAGACGGCUUCUUCACGUGACAGCCCGGUGCUCUGCAGGUGAUUAGCCCGGGGGGAAGCUCCUCCUCCUCCUCCUCCUUAGCCUGCUACAGCAGAGACAAACCUGGGCACGGCUACGUGUCAGUUAAACUUUAAGGACAUAAACUAAACUAUGGACACGUCAACGCUUCCUAAGAUCCAGGAUGAGGAGCGAGAAAGCCAGUUUGGAUUUGUUCACGGCGUUUCAGGGCCAGUGGUGACAGCUACUGCGAUGGCUGGAGCUGCCAUGUAUGAGCUGGUCCGUGUCGGUCACAGUGAGCUGGUGGGCGAGAUCAUCCGUUUAGAGGGGGACAUGGCAACUAUCCAGGUGUAUGAGGAGACGUCCGGCGUGUCUGUCGGCGACCCCGUCCUCCGAACGGGGAAACCCCUCUCCGUAGAGCUGGGCCCGGGCAUCAUGGGCUCCAUCUUCGACGGUAUCCAGCGGCCACUGAAAGACAUCAACGACCUCACUCAAAGUAUCUACAUCCCACGAGGAGUAAAUAUCGGCGCCCUUAACAGAGACACCAAAUGGGAGUUUUCUCCUGGCCAGAGCCUUCGGGUUGGCAGUCACAUCACAGGCGGAGAUAUUUAUGGGAUUGUGUUUGAAAAUUCCUUAAUCAAGCACAAGCUCAUGCUUCCACCUCGAAACAGAGGGACUGUGACCUACCUGGCUCCAGCUGGAAACUACGACCUUUCUGACAUUGUUCUGGAGCUCGAAUUUGAAGGAGUAAAAGAGAAGUUCACCAUGAUGCAGGUGUGGCCGGUACGGCAAAUCCGCCCGGUAACAGAGAAACUACCAGCCAAUCACCCACUGCUGACUGGUCAGAGAGUUCUUGACGCACUUUUCCCAUGUGUACAAGGAGGCACCACCGCUAUACCUGGAGCCUUCGGAUGCGGCAAGACCGUGAUCUCGCAGUCGCUGUCAAAGUACUCCAACAGCGACGUCAUCAUCUACGUGGGCUGCGGAGAACGUGGCAACGAAAUGUCUGAAGUGCUGCGGGAUUUUCCAGAGCUCACAAUGGAAGUUGAUGGCAAAGUUGAGAGCAUCAUGAAGAGAACAGCGCUGGUUGCGAACACGUCCAAUAUGCCUGUGGCUGCUCGAGAGGCCUCCAUCUAUACAGGGAUCACUCUGUCUGAGUACUUCAGAGAUAUGGGCUACAACGUGAGCAUGAUGGCCGACUCGACGUCUCGCUGGGCUGAGGCUCUGAGAGAAAUCUCUGGAAGACUGGCUGAAAUGCCUGCUGACAGCGGCUAUCCUGCUUAUCUGGGCGCCAGACUGGCGUCCUUCUACGAGCGCGCUGGACGUGUGAAGUGCCUGGGAAAUCCGGAGAGGGGGGGCAGCGUCAGCAUCGUUGGAGCUGUGUCGCCCCCUGGUGGAGACUUCUCAGAUCCAGUUACUUCAGCCACCUUGGGAAUAGUUCAGGUCUUCUGGGGCUUGGACAAGAAGCUGGCUCAGAGAAAGCACUUCCCUUCAGUAAACUGGUUAAUCAGCUACAGCAAGUACACGCGAGCUCUGGAUGAAUACUAUGACAAACACUUUCCAGAGUUCGUCCCUCUUCGCACAAAAGCUAAGGAGAUUUUGCAGGAGGAGGAGGACUUAGCUGAAAUUGUGCAGCUUGUGGGCAAGGCUUCUCUUGCGGAGACUGAUAAAAUCACUCUGGAGAUUGCUAAACUCAUUAAGGACGACUUCCUGCAGCAGAAUGGUUACACCCCCUAUGACAGGUUCUGCCCCUUUUACAAAACGGUUGGCAUCCUCUCAAACAUGAUUGCCUUCUAUGACAUGGCCCGACACGCAGUGGAGUCCACGGCUCAGAGCGACAACAAGAUCACCUGGGCCAUGAUCCGGGAGCACAUGGGAGAGGUCCUGUACAGGAUAAGCUCCAUGAAGUUCAAGGACCCUGUUAAAGAUGGAGAAGCUAAGAUUAAGGCAGAAUACGCCCAGCUGCUGGAGGACAUGCAGAACGCCUUCCGGACCUUAGAGGAAUAAGCUGCCAGCUUCUCGUCUCGUCACCGAAGUAGCCGAGCCAAAUAGUCCAAAAUCGCUGGCCCAUGUUGCUAUUGCCCUGCUGGUUCAUGUGAUUUUUUUUUUUUUUUUUUUUUUUUUUUUUUGUCUGUGUUUACAUCCCACUAACAUUCCAGGGCCAUCUUAGGUUUUCAUCUCACUCUGCUCGUUUUUGAUAUUUUUCUUUUAAUUAAAAACCAGCCGCUGGAAUCCAGUAUCAUCAUCAUCAACACAUUUAUUGUGUUCUGUAGAGACGUUCACACUUCGUUUCAGCCCAUUUCACAGCUUUUCUUCAUGAUGAUGUGUUUAAAACCUCCGGACUUCGGUCGUUGCGCUUGCACCAAACACUUAGCAGAGAGUGCAAAUGACUUUUUUCUUUGUGUUAGCGAGGAGUGCAGAUUUUAAAAAACUAUAUUUAAACCAUGCAGACGGAUAAAGGGACAGAGUAUUCAGCGUGUAGUCAGUGCACUUUUUUACCUCCUACGUCUUGAGGGCGAUUGUGGUGUGGACUGUACUUGAAAUAAUGUAUAAAAAUGUAAAAUAAAUGUCCUAGUUUGUC